UGGUAUUUUUUACAUUCCCCUGUAUAUUCUCUCGCUCAUCCCCUUUUCCCCUUCCUCCCUCUCCUCUCUGAUGGCAGAAGAAACACAGUUCAAAUGGGAAGGAAAAGCCACCGCAGAGCUCAAGUCCACCAAACCUGACCAAGUCUGGCCUUUCUUAGAGGAUUUUUGCAGCCUCCACAAGUGGAUGCCCAGUCUUGAUACUUGCUAUCAAGUGGAGGGCGUCAAGGGUCAGCCCGGCCUCAUUCGCUACUGCUCCUCCACAGCAGCAUCGCCGGACAACCCUGACCAGACCACAGUCAAUUGGGUCAAAGAGAAGCUUCUCACCAUCGAUCCCAUCAACCACUGCUUCAGCUAUGAGGUUCUCGACAACAACAUGGGGUUCAACUCCUAUGUGACCACAUUCAAAGUAAUCCCAAUCAACGGCGGUGGGUGCCUGAUCCAGUGGUCCUUCGUUUGUGAUCCGGUUCAAGGGUGGAGAUACGAGGAUUUGGCGUCUUAUAUCGACUCUUCUCUCCAAUUCAUGGCUAAGAAGAUGGAAGAGACUCUCCAGCACGCAAUCUGACUCCUGCGGUGUAUAUUUAUUUGUACUUUGGUGUAUGUUUUCAUUCGGAGUUUUAAGAUAAUGUAGUGGAUAUUUAAAUAAAAUGCACUUCUUCUAUCAGCAUCA